UUGCAUAUUUAAGCAGGCGCCACACGGUGGCAGCGCAUCAGUCAAACUCGUGGAGCUGUACGCAACGGACAACGAUUUAAAGGAUCUAACCAUAUCACAACUACGAUCAAACGGCAUCAAAAGCACUUUUCAAGCAUGCAAGCAGUUCGAGGAGUCCUGAUUGGGCUUGUCCUGGCGCUCGUGGGCGCCGCCAAUGCCGGCAGCAUGAUUGCUGAUUUCCCGUAUUUGACGGUGCGCGAGAUGUGCGAUUUGUUGCCCUCGGUGACGAGUUUCUUGCGUCCCAACACCUGCAACUAUUGGGUGCGCUGUGCAUCGCAAGACGUCAGCCUGGAGGAGGGCACUUGCGCCGAUGGCUUGAACUUCAACCGCAACACUGGACGUUGCGUUAUGGCUGCCAAUGUGGCGUGUCCCUAUGCCGAUCAACUGAACAGCACCACAGGCGUUGUCAACAAGUGUGCCAACGAGACGGACGGCACUUUCCUUGCCGAUGACAGCAGCAGCAACUGCCAGGGUUACAUUCUGUGCAAAUCACGUCGCGAAGUCAAGUCCAACUGUCCCAACGAAUUGCUCUUCAAUCCCCUCUCACGCUCUUGCGUCUAUUCCAAUCAAUACACUUGCCCCACCGCUGGCAAGGUGACCAAAUCGCCCGCUUGCCUCUCGCUGUCCAACGCCACUCGUCUGGCCAAUGAGGAGCAUUGCAACAAGUAUUACAUCUGCUUGAAUGACGUUCUCCACGAACGCGAGUGUGACAAUCAAAUGGCCUACGAUGUUGCUUUGGGUCGCUGCGUCCCAGCCUUGAAUGCCACCUGCUAUGCCACCGCUAAGUUGCCACCCCCAGAGAACACAUUCUGCCUGACAAAUGGCACCGCGCGUCGUGGUUACUUUGCCGACGAGGAGUCCUGCAGUCGUUACUACAUCUGCGGUGCACCCACCAAUGGCAAGCACGACACCAAUCCUCAGCAUCUGCAGUGCAGCCCCGGCAUGUUCUUUGACGAGGAGAAACUCUCGUGUCGCGAUCGCCUCAACGUUCGCUGUCUGCUCGAUCGUUGCGCCGAAACCAGCCUCAGCUAUGUGAAUGUGGCUGGUGAUUGCCAGACCUACGCUCGCUGCUCCGGUGGCGCCACCGUUGGCACUGGACGUUGCCCCAACGACUACUACUUCGAUGAGCGCAGCCAGGGCUGCACUCCCGUCAACCACAACUAUGUCGCUUGCGCUGCAUGAUCCUUCUAUGUCCCCUAACAGAGCAGGAGAGAAGAUGAGCGCAUAGGGAGAGGAAAAGCAACAAAAAAAGAUAAAACACUUUUGGUUACAUCACAAAAUUGAAAAAUUGUAUUUAAUUAAAACUGCAUACGAAAUAUGGUGGAAGUCAUUAAAGGCAAA